AUGGUGACCGAACUCCCUACCCUCCCGACGCACGCAACGAACGCACCUCCGCCCGACGUCGAUGCAGAGGCCGUUGCUUCGACCUUUAUCUCGCAGCUUUCUUCUGCGGCCGAGGCAGCCCAGGCCGGGGACGGCACAAAGCUGCAAGCGCUUCUUGCCUCGCCGGGCUACUGGCGUGAUGUGCUCGCCUUCUCGCGCGACUUCCGCACCUUCCAGGGCGGCGAGGUCGGCCAGGCAGCUGCCGACACCUUCCCGAAAGCACAACCUCACAACUUCCAGAUCAAGGCUCCCGCGCCGCUGCUCGAAUCACCCUUCCCCGACGUCAGCUGGGUGCGCAUGCACUUUGGCUUCGACACCACCGUCGGUCCUUGCUCUGGCAUUGCGCGCCUGGUAUACGAGCGCGGAGAGUGGAAAGCGUACACUCUCUACACACUUCUCGAGGAAGUUGCCGGCCACCCGCAGCAGGUCGGGCGCAACCGUCCCCGCGGACAGCAUAACGCCGCCGAGCCGCACGACGAGCGCCGCGCGCGCGAGGCUGAGUUCGCCGACUCUGACCCUGAUGUCCUCGUCGUAGGUGCGGGACACAAUGGUUUGGCGUGUGCGGCCGUGCUGCGCUCGUUUGGCGUGAACGCACUGGUGGUGGACCGCUUCUCCCGCGUCGGCGACAACUGGCGCAAACGCUAUGCGUCGCUGUCGCUGCACGACCCUGUCUGGACCGACCACAUGCCCCUCAUGCCGUACCCGCCCAACUGGCCCGUGUGGAUGCAGGCAGGCAAGCUUGCAAACUGGCUCGAGGCAUACGCCGAGGCACAGGAGUGCAACGUCUGGCUUGAGUCUACCGUCGAUCCGUCCCGCACAGUGUGGCUGCCCGAGGAAGGCAAGUGGCAGGUAACCGUGCUGCGCGGACCACAGCGCACCCCUCGCACGAUGAAGGUCGGGCACGUCGUUAUGGCGACGGGGCUCGGGGGCGGCAAGCCCAAGCUGCCGCCCAAAGUCCCCGGCCAGGAUGCCUGGGAAGGCACCAUCGUGCACAGUUCCGCCCACGCAGGAGGUCGACAGUGGGCCAGAAAGCGCGCGCUCGUCGUCGGUGCAUGCACGAGCGGGCACGACAUCAGCGUCGACCUCAGUCACUGUGGCGCCGAUACAACCAUGCUACAGCGCUCGCCCACAUUCAUCAUGACGAUCAAGAACGGACUGCCCCUCCUCGACGGUGGGCUCUUCACGGAGGAGGUGCUCGAGACUCUGUCCAUGGAUAACGCGGACCGCAUUGCCGACUCCCUGCCCAAGCAGGUCGGAAAGCUCUUCCACCAGCGCAUCGUUGACCACCUUGCCGAAGCCGACAAGGAGAUUCUCGACGGCCUGAAGAAGGCAGGCUUCCGCACUUGGAAGGGGCCGGAGGGUACCGGAUGGCUGUUCCUUGCUUAUGAGCGCGCCGGUGGAUACUACUUCACCGCAGGCGAGAACAGCGGCUCUCAGAAGAUCAUCAAGGGCGACAUCAAAGUGCGCCAGGGAGAGAUUGCAUCCUUCGGCCCUGGGAAGAAGGUCGUGUUCAAGGACGGCUCGGAAGAUGAGUACGACCUCGUCGUGUUCGCCACGGGCUACACCGGGAUCCAGGACAGCACACGCGAGGUACUGGGAGACCAGGCUGCCAGUCAAAUGGGAAAAGUAUGGGGUCUCGACAAUGAGCUCGAGGUGAAUGGAGUCGCGCGUCCGGCCGGCAUCCCUCACGUCUUCUUCACGAUCGGUAACUUCAUGAUGUCUCGUUGGUUCUCACGGCGAAUCGCGCUCCAGAUCGUGGCCGAAAGGGAGGGAAAGUGGGGAGAUGUGUACAAGUCUAAGUAG